CGGUCAAUUGAGCAUUUGCUCGUCGCUUGCAGCAUUUGAAGGUCUUUGCCGUGCACAGUGCUUUUUGUUUUGUCCCGCAUUCUCUUUAUGUGUCAAUAAUACCGCUUGAAUUCGCUAUGUCGCAAAGCAUUGGACGAACCCGUCUCGCCUACUCUCGAACAUGGCACUAUAUAGAUGUAGGCUCCGAUCCACGGAGUCUGGGCCGCGUCGCCUCCUCGAUAGCACUCUUCCUCAUGGGCAAGAACAAGCCAAUCUAUGAUCCCUCGACCGAUUGCGGUGACUACGUCGUGGCAGUCGGGUGCAAGAACAUUCACACCACGGGUAAAAAGAGAUUUCAGAAGCUAUACUAUUCUCAUUCGACGAGGCCGGGAAGUCUGAAAUCUAUGUCGAUGGAUAAGAUGUUCGAGAAAUGGGGUGGUGCGGAGGUACUGAAAAGAGCAGUCCGGGGAAUGCUACCUAAGAAUAAGUUGAGAGAAAAGAGGAUGGCCAGGCUAAAAGCCUUCGAAGGCCAUGCCCACCCAUACAAAGCAAACAUUGUCCAAUUCGGCGGAAAAAGCGUACUGGGUGAACUGCCUGAAAUUAAGAAAGCUUUUCAGCGAACGCGAGAAGUAGCUGCAGCGCAGUGAGAACUUUUUUGAUUUCAAUGCAUCACAUGCGGAGUAUCUAGGAGCGAGGGUUUAUGUAUUACUAGUAUCACAUUUUGGUCAAUUGUAUUGUAUAUUGACCUUAGAUUUUUGAUUGAAGUCUUGUAUGAUAUUUGAUUUACGAACGGGACUAAACAAGUCAGGUGUACAGCGCUCCU